AUGAAUAAAGAUUUAAUUGAGAAUGAAGUUAAAAAUGAAGGCAAUCCUGAAGAUAGAGGCGAGGUUAGAGGUGAGGUUAGAGGUGAAGUAGAAAUGGUUGAGAGAGGAGGGGCCGAAGAUAGAGCUGACAAUAACAACGAUAAUGCAGUUAGUCCAGUUCCUACCCGUGUUCGAAGAGUAACAAAUUCUACAGUGAAUAAUUCAAUUAAUGAGUUGAAUGAAUCAAUCAUGGUCUUGCGUGAGACCCAAAGAGCUCUGAUGGAGGAAUUGAAUAAUAAUAUUCUUCAAUUGGCCCGUACUGCUAUGAGACUAGUGGAAUUUAUUCGACAAGAAAAUAAAAAACGCUUAGAAAGUAAAGUGGUGGAUCACAAAGAUUAG